AUUCUACUCUCACGGACGUCUCAGCUACCUUAAUCAUAGAAUCAAUAUGAACGGAAUUUUGGUUGUCUCCGUUUUCCUGGUCCUUGGUGGGAUUCAAGGACAGUAUGUACCUCAAGGAGUACUGCCGACAACGGCUUCCUCUUGUAAAUAUGAGUUUACAGUUCCAGAUACCAAAGGUGCGUGUUCGAUGUCAUCUAGUGGCCUAGACAAAAAGGUCGACCAGGUGAAACAGGAUUUGGACAAGACGCGACUUCAAUAUAUAUCCCAAAAUAGUGUUGUCCAGAGCACAUUAGCCAAGGUUCAGUCCGACACGGCCACCUAUGUAUCCAAGGUACAUGACCUUACCAACGAGUUGCAGAGACUCAAGCAAGCAGCAAGUGUGGCACCAUCUGGCGGCGGUGCAACAAGUGGUAACUCCCAGAACCUUAACCAGCUUGUCAUUGACACAAAAGACCUUCUUCAGAAGGCAGUACAGGACAUUAACAAUAAAAUCUUCAACUUGACCUACCAGUUCCAGAGGAGUUCCGUGGAACAGUCAAAGGUGGAUACAGCCAUCGAGAAACAAAUCAACAAACAGGCGGUCGAUAUGGCAAGAACAGAACAAAAACUUAUCAACCUUGAAAAUCAAAUAAAAGCCCUGCAGGCAAGUGCCAGCCAGAAGCCGACUGGUCCUGCUGUGACGUCAGCACCAGUAUCUGUAGUAUCAGGAGCUCCGACAAAUGCACAAAUUUCGCAGCUGAAGCAACAGUACCAGCAAUUGGAAAAAGACGUUCAGCAGCAAAACCAACUGCAGACCACUCAGUUCCAGAGCCUUGACACAAAGACCAACCAGAUUCUUGGACAAGUGGCAAACCAGAGUAAUGAAAUCAGCACCAUCAAACUCGCCACUCAGGGCGCCAUGGCACGUAUUCUGAAUGCAGAGUUGAAGGUCACUGGGGUCAAGACAGAUCUAGACACUCUGAAAAAGAAAAUUGAACCCCAGAUGACAGUGGUUGCACAAGAGGUUGCUGCACUCCAGAUCAAUGUCACCAAGGUGGAGAAGGAGCUCCAGCAGCUGGGAGCACAACUUAUGACCAACAACGUCAACUUUAUAACUGACCACGGGAAGGUCGUUAGUAUCACCACCCAGGCAGGUCUGCUAGCUAAACAGCUUACCAAGCUUGAAAGUCAGGUAACAUCCCAGUCUUCUGACCUUCUACAACUGACCACCGACUUGAAAACUUUGACAGCUGCGCCGUCCAUCUCCGGUAACACGACACUCUCUAGCGCCGCCCUGCAAACGGCAGUGCAGCAGUUUGAGGCGCAGGUACAGGCGUCCAUGAACAAGACACAGUCCGACGUCGCCCAGCUACAGAAGGUCAUACCGGUCCUUCUACAACAGAUAUCCACUAUUACAUCCGGAUCUGGAUAGAUACAUCCGGGUCGCUCUCAUGUGGAUUACGUGACACUUCCAGUCGAGCGUGUGUAAAAUUUGAAAUCACAAAGCAACAAACAUUGAACAAUUUUAAGAACAAUUUACCAUUGAUUUUUUUAUAAGAUCAUUUGGAUAUCUUGAUUAAACGUGUAAACGGAAGCAAAUCUGAGAGUAAUUUAUUUGAAUCUCUUUAUUUUUUGUAUAGUCUACAUGAAUCAAUAUUUCCAAUGUGAUUAAUAAUGACUCAAAAAUUAGAAAUGCUUAUAGCUGAAAAGCUCCUACUAACAUGUUGAUGUGUUCAAGUACAUAAUCCAUUACAUUGUUACAAUUCUGGUGCAUCGACAGUGCUUUAAAUAUACACAUGUGUAUAUGAAAUUUUAUUUAAUGUUAUUUCAUUAUUAUUAUUUAUAUAGAUUUGUGCUUGUUUGUGUAUAUCAUUACUGCAGGACAGUUUCCAUCAACUAAUGUGUUUUAUAAAAUAAACAAAGAAAAACUGAAAAGUUAUUGCUUAUUACACGACUCGAUUGAAAAAUUUAAUGGACGUGAUUGUUAUGAUAAUAAAAUGGAGCAAAAAUACUCUAUGUUCUGUUAUUUCGCCAGGUACAACUCUAGAAUCCAUUCAUCGCAUUCCUAAAAUCUUUUACAAAUUUACCUUAAACAUACCUACAUAAAAUACCUCAUGAACUAUAGACAUUAAACUGAUUUAUUGUCACUAAAUCAACGCAGAUAAAUAUAGGAUGUCAACUCGCUACAUGAUAAAGGAAAUAUGCUAUUUUCAAAUUAUUCUAUUCACUUUAUAAUUAGAGCUUGUAUUUUGUGAUAAUUAAAUGUUUUCAAUGGAUGCAUUCACGUUUAUCCUUUCUUUCAGAUAAAUCAUCAAUUAAUAAGUCAUUUAAAAUAAAGUUCA